CUCACCAAAGUUGUGUUCUUCAAGUGAAAAUCUGUAUGAUGACAAUGACCAUGUAUUUAUCACUUUCAUCCAUCGUAUUAGUAACAUUACUUCUGACUACCUCAUCUUCUUCCCAGUUAAGUGAAAAACGUGGUUUUACUGACCAAGGAUGUAUGGGAACUUACGACAGUACCAAGCUUGCUCGUCUAAAUCGAAUCUGUGAAGGAUGUUAUAAUAUUUACCGGGUUCCGCUAAUUCACAAGUCCUGCAGAUCGAACUGCUUCAAGAACGACAUGUUCACCGACUGUAUCAAGGUUCUGCUGUUGGAGUCCGAGGAACAACAAUUAAACAGUAUGGUAGGAGAAUUAUUUGGAAAGAGGAAGUAAUAUACUUUGUUGAACUGGAAUAUGUUGACACGGAAACUUGUAAUAAGAACCAAACUUAUGUUGAAUUCAGGAAAUAAAUGAAAUAUAAAUAAUAUAUA